AUGGCAUCAAAUAGGACCGACGACAUGUUCACAAAGAAAAGAAAGGCUGAGGAACGAAAACUCAUAGAGGAAAUCCGCUACAAACGCUCAUGUAUCAGAUUAGCCGUAACGUUCCCAGCUGAAGAAGAAAUUCAGAAGAAGAUUCGUAAUUUUUUAAAAGUUGUUGUAAUGCUAACUCGGUCCAAUAACCUCUCCGAAAUGUUUACUAAAACCCGAGGAAAAAGACCUCAACAUUUCGCAAGGGUGGAGGCAACGCUCUACAAGUGUCGCUUAGAGCAGGUUCAUCAAGCGGCCAAUAUUACGAUGGAAAGAAUCGGCGCCGCUGCCCAAGGACUAUCGCUGACGUACGAUUUGUACGGACUACUUGUGAUGGCAGACAAUGACUUGGCAAACUCGAGAUACGAGUUUUCCAAUGGCACGGAGGAAGGAGUAACAUUGGAACCUAGCUUUACCGCCGACUUCAUAUGCAGAGAAGUCGCGUUCAUCAAGGAAUUUCGAAGUCAAGUGGAAACCGAAAUCAGAGAAGCUGAGCUUCAAGAGCAAAGAGAAAACCACAUCAACGCCUUCAUCCAGACCAAAGAAGGAAUAAAGCAUCUCCACUGCGAAUUUAGGCAGUAUUAUACGGAAAUUAAGGGACAUACCCGUAGGCUGAGCGAAAACGUUCAUAGCAUUAAGGAAGAAUUUCGUCGAGAUUUCAAACAAGGCUUUGCCGAAAUCGAUAAACGGAUUACUAAUCAGAACGAAAACACUCAAAGCAUCAAGGAGGAACUUCGCCGUGACUUCAAACAAUACUUCGCCGAACUCAAUAAAAGGAUUACUAACCAGAGCGAAAAUAUCAAUAGCAUGCGGGAAAAUCUCCACCGCGAGUUUGGGCAAUGUCGUAAAGAAAUAAAGGAGCAGAUUCGUGACCAAAGCGAUAGCAUAAAGGGAAGCAUCGAACUGACCAAAAAUUCACUUGAGACACGGCUGGCGACUCUUCCCUCUUACGCACCGAAAACAGAUCAAGAGCCAACCAUGCCGAAAGAAGUGGCAUCGGAAGGGACAAAAACCAAAAACUGGACAGAGGGCCCUAAUUCGAAAAAUCAAGAUCCUGUAAGACAAAGAAAUGUCGAAGAGGAGGAAGUCGAAGAAGACCUCUUGGAUCUGUGA